AUAUCAGAAGUGAAAUGUUAUUUAAGUCUUAAAAAGUGCUUCGCGCAAAUCAUUUUAUACUUGGUGUUCUAAGAGUAAAGACCCAUCUACCUUCCAAACUAAAAUACAACAAAAUUAUUACAAACUAUUAUUUUCUUUAAUCCUUGAGAGAUUUGUGAGAUAGUGCUUCGUUAUUUAACAAAAAUACAAACUUUAUUAAAUUUUAUGAAAAAUUUAUUUAAAUUUUUUUUAAAGUGAAAACAUAAAUAAUUAACAAAUUUAUAAAAAAGCAAAGUAAACUACUUGGAGUUGAUCCUUGUUCAGGACAUUUGUUUUAUCUUAAUUCGUAUAUAUUGUCAUAUUGUUAAGAUAUUAAUUUAAUUUUUGUUUUGUAUAAAUUUAAAUUUAAAAAAAUGUGUCGGUGUUUGAAACUUAUCACCGCCUUGUGUUUUAUCAGUGCGGGAUGUUUGAAUAGUGUAAGUGGUAUAAGAUCGAGGAGAACUUCGAUUGAAGAUCAAACUGUCGAAUCUGUACGCGUUGAUAUGAAAGAUGAAAGAGUUCUGCGAUUGUUUAAUUUAACUGCCGAUGAAUUAAAGAAAAGAACUGAAAGUCUAGCAGCAACUAAGGCCGGCUCGACAAUUGCACCCAAAGAUAAUCAACGUUUUGUCAAUAUCAAAGGUUAUCGAUUUGAAGAUAUACGAAAUAGAAUUCAAAUGGCUGUUAAUGGUCAUGGAACGAUGUCGAGUGAAAACUCUGAUAAUAUUCAACAUGAAAUGGCUGCUUAUCCAAUAUGCAAUUCAAAUGAAUCUUCAUGGCAGGAUGAUCUUAAUGUGACAAUUCGUUUUUCGGAUAGUUUAUUUGAAGCUAAAUCGAAUGCUCUGUAUUUGGAAAGUGCAAUUUUAAGGCUCUACAAACUCAAUCCAAAUAACACAGCCGCUGAACCAACAGCCCCAACUAAAGGAUGUGCUGAGCCUAAUAUCGAUUCUCAAAUUCGUGUCACUGUAUCAAUCGUUCUUCGUAAAAAUCGCCGAGAGAAAAAGAAACGCAUCUGUAACACUUUAAUGAUGAAUGUCUCACAAACUGGCUGGGUUGAAAUUGACAUCAAGCGUGCCAUACACAUUUGGGAAACUGUUGAACGUCAUCGUGCCAGUUCUGUUCUCGUUGGUUGGCUUUUGAUUGAGGUCCAUGAUGAAGAAGAUCGUCCCCGGAAUGCUGGUCUUUAUUUUAGACCACCUAAAUGCGAUCAGGCAGAUUAUGCAAUCCCCUGGAAUUUUUACAGAUCUUACUCAACUCUGCCUACACCUUUUACGGACAAAGUGCCCACAUACCCAAGAAUAGACAUCAAACUCAUAAGUGCUGAUGCUACUCUACUUCCGCAUAAUCCAGAAGCUCGUCCAAACUCUAAUCUCAAUCGUGAAAUUUAUCGCAUCUCAAAUCACAAUUCAGAGGAAUCAACCACAUCUCUAACACCCACAGACAAUCUCUUAGUUCCAUCAGAUUCAACAGAAAUCCAUCGACACCGGCAACGACAUGCCCGACAUCAUCAUCAUCAUUCACAUAAUUCUCCAGCUCCAAAUGCUGAAGGAAGCGUUGCUGGUGCAACUGCUGCAACAUCCGGAAGUACACGAUCAGAUAUGUCAAGUGAAGAAAUUAGUAGCCAUACGUCAGAUUGUUAGUUAAUGAAAUUUCAAAAAACGAAAAUUAAAUAGUUUUUAAUUUAAUUUUAAUUUUUAACAUAUCAUAGUGAUGAUUUAAGUUGAUUUAUGUCUUUUUGAAAAUAUCAAUGUUGUUGAAAUGAGCCGAUUACUUAAUUUUUUUAUUUUUGUCUAUAAAAAAGAAAAUGGUUGUAGCAAAACUAAGUUAAACAAUUGGGAAACAAAUUAUACUAAAUAAGGUGUAUAUGACUUGAGAUAUUAGAUUGAACAAACGAACAAAAUCAACUAAUUUUGUCGCAAUUUCCCGAUAUUUGUAAAUAGUAUUUUUAAUUUUUUUUUUAUUUUGUUAAAUAUUUCUUGUUUAUGUGGCCUUAGUGCGCCUUUACCUCGCAUUUAGUUAAACGUGAGUUUUUUGUUUCUUUAUAAAAUUGGUUGAAUAUUUACCAAGUGAACAAUUCAAUAUUAUGUACUACCUCUGAAAAAUUGAACAACAAAUUACAAAUUGAACUUUUUUGUUUACACUUUUACAAUGAGGCUUCCGGGAAACAAGAUCCCAUGAAUACCAGGAAAUUCAAAUUCUUGGGUUUUGCUGACAUUUUGGGAAUUUUGUUUUUGACGAAACUCAAGAAUUUAAGUCACAGGGAUAAGAAAAUGAAUACAAAAGUUAUCCUGGAAAUAAGUAAAUUUUCAAUAUUUUUGUCAAACAAACUAGUAAAUUGUAUAUGUAAUUAUUUCUUCCAAUUUUGUUUUUAUUAUAAAUUUAUGUUAAGAGACUGUGAUUGUAUGUGGUUGAAAUAUAAAAAUCAAUUUGUGUGAGAUAAAAAAAAAAUAAAAUAAAUAAAUAAAUGUGUGUGUUAAUAUAAUUUUUGUGCUUAAAAACUAUAUUAGGUACAUACUAAAUAAAAAUUAAGAGGGACAUAAUUAAACAUCAAUAUCAAGGCAUAAAAAGUCAUUAAUUAGAAAUAAGUUAUUUCUUUAUUUUAGUUUUUACUUUUGUAUUUGUUUUGAUUUAUAAGUUAUGAGUUAUUAUUAUAACAUAAACGCAGCAAAUUUAAUUUUUAAUUGAACCCGAAAAACCUAUUAGAAAUGAAAAUCCAUUUCCUUGAAAAAAAAAUCUGACUUUUCAUAAUAUAAUAGAUGUUUUUCGAAAAAAUUAUAAUCAGCUUGUAUUAAGUUGUGCAUGUAAAUACUAUUUUAUAUUUUUUUAAAUAUUAUUAUUUUUUUAAUAAGAAGUUUUAAAUUUAAGUUAGAUUUUAAAGUUGGUUAAAGUUUAUUUUUACUAAUAUUUAUAAAAAAAUACAUAUGAACAA